AUGUUGUCUUUGAAUCUUCUUCCUUCCUCAAAUGUCACUUUCUCUAAAACCAGUCAUAAAUGUCCCAUAAAUGCUUCACUUUUGGAUCCAAAUCUUGUGAACAGACACAGAAAUUCACAGUUUCCCUUUCAUACAUUUAAAAAACCCACUUCAAAAAUUAAUAAUAGAGUCUUGUUUAGGCCUUCUGAAGAAACGUUGUCCCAGAUCUCCAAAUCAAGAUUAGAUUUUGGAAAAAUAUUGACAACCCCUUUCGGGUUUUCUUCAAGAUUUUUAGCCAGAGCAGCCUCUGGAGCUCCACAAGAAGCCAGCCCAGACGGUGAAAUUGAAGUGUCAAAGCCAAACAAGAAUCUGAAGCUAGCUCUUAUUUUUGGUCUAUGGUACUUUCAGAACAUUGUUUUUAACAUUUAUAAUAAGAAGGCGUUGAAUAUUUUCCCAUAUCCAUGGUUUCUUGCGUCAUUUCAAUUGUUUUGUGGAUCUGUUUGGAUGUUUAUUCUUUGGUCUUUAAAGCUUCAGCCUUGCCCGAAAAUCAACAAGUCAUUUGUUGUUGCACUUCUUGGACCUGCACUUUUCCACACAAUAGGCCACAUUUCAGCAUGUGUUUCAUUCUCAAAAGUGGCUGUUUCUUUCACUCAUGUAAUUAAAUCAGCAGAGCCUGUUUUUUCAGUGGUGUUUUCGUCGUUUAUUGGUGAAUCAUAUCCAUUAAAAGUGUGGCUAUCGAUUCUCCCAAUUGUUUUUGGUUGCUCAUUGGCUGCUGUCACUGAAGUUUCCUUCAAUUUUGGGGGCUUGUGGGGUGCUAUGAUAAGCAAUGUUGGAUUUGUACUUCGUAACAUUUACUCGAAAAAGAGCUUGCAGAAUUUCAAGGAAGUUGAUGGGUUGAAUAUGUAUGGUUGGAUUAGUAUUAUCUCAUUGCUCUAUCUAUUUCCAGUGGCUGUUUUUGUGGAAGGGUCUCAAUGGGUUGCAGGGUAUCAUAAAGCUAUUGCAACUAUUGGAAACCCGUCAACAUUUUACCUAUGGGUGAUGUUAUCUGGAAUUUUUUACCAUCUCUAUAAUCAAUCGUCCUACCAAGCACUUGAUGACAUUAGCCCGCUUACAUUCUCAGUCGGGAACACUAUGAAGAGAGUGGUUGUAAUCAUUGCUACUGUUUUGGUCUUCAGGAAUCCGGUUAGGCCAUUGAAUGCACUUGGAUCGGCUAUUGCAAUAUUUGGCACAUUCUUGUAUUCACAGGCUACGGCUAAAAAACAGAAAGUACAGGCGGGUGAAAAGAAGGAUUAA